AUUCAAAAUGGCGUUUGACUUGACAGAUUGUAUUCGUAAAAAUUAAUGAAAUGAUAAUUAGUAAUUUUUGUGUUUAAUUUUGUGAAAACAUUAACAAAGAAGUUAGGCAAAUAGCGAAUGUUUAUUCUGUUGCCUUUAGGUUACUCAAAUUAGAUGAUUAGAAGAAUCAUUUAUUUCUAUGAACUCGAAAAGUGAAACCGACGAAGCUUCAAGGGGGAACGAAGCAUCAUCGUCAAAUAACGAGUCCACCCCAAGUAUCCCCAAGAGCCACUCUGUGGCUGGUUUAUGCGCAGAUACGAGUUCAAACAAAACUAAGGACAUCAUGAAGCGUGCGGCAGCAAAACAACUAAUUGAACGCUAUUUUUACCAGCUGUUAGAUGGUUGCGGUAACCCUGAGUGUGACAACCAAUAUUGUGCAUCUAGUGGAGAGGCCCGAAAUCUGACUCCAAAUGAAGCAGCUGCGGAGGCAAUUAAGUUAUUCUACACAGAAGCACGUCUGUGUGACUCUUUGCCUAGUAAGAUGCCUCGAACAGAUCCAUCAAUCAACAUUGUUUGUCCUCCAACCCCUUGUGUGACAGGCACAGCAAUGAACAUAGUAAUGGAGGAUAACAUCAGUGACUUUCCCUCUUGCAGUUCAUCACGAUUCAUGGACAAGUUCAAACCAGACUCUAGUCAGCAAAUGGAUUCCAAAAAUAUUAGACAUAACAAUGGUGCACCGUUAACUGAAGAGCGCAUAUACCAACUGUGCGAUGAAUGUCUCCAAUCAAAAAAACCACAGUAUCUAAUCAGAGCCCUGGCCGAGGCGUUCACACAGCCAGCCGUGUUGGCCAGAUGUUUUCAGAGGAAACUUGGUGAUACAGAUAAUAGUAGUGAAGGAAAGAAUAAACCAGAUAAAGAAUCCAAAGCUAUGUGCUCAUCAAGUGAUCCCGAUAAAGAUGUAGACAGUGUAACAGGACCUGGGCUUGAUGUGGCAUCGUGUCGGAGAGCCUUCCAGUAUCUUGCUAAAGUGCCAUCAGAAUAUUACAGUUCGGCCCUGGUGACUGCACUCUCAACGCUCGCCGAGAACCUGAUAGUUGAGAUGAAAUUAUCAAAAACCAAGACGUUGACCUUAGAUGACACUGUCAAUUGUUUUGUCAUCGCCUUCGAAGUGCCAGACCUUGGGUGUAGUCGAUACUUGGACAUAGCACUACCACUGCUGUGUGUUGCCGCUGAAAAUUUGCCUGUUAUAGCACAAGCAAAGCUAGCUAGAAUAUGGGCUCAAUAUUGCAAAGACAGUCUGCGCCACAUACUGGAGACACUACAGCAGCUGAUCACGCUCAGAGUUAUAUCCACCAACUAUGUGAGAAAUUUUCAACUUCAAGACGACCACACUGUCACCAUGGCAACCAAAAUUAUGAAGAUACUGUACUACGCCAACAUGCUGGCGGGAGUGAUGGAGCCCAGCACACUGCGCGAGGAGCCCGUGGUGAUCGCCAGCCAGCUGGACCCCCUGGGCGACGCGCUGGACCACCUGUACCCGCUUUCCUCCAUCAAGAACUUGAAGCAGGCUCCGUAUGAGGACCCCCUCGCCAUUGAAUUAGGUAUAAAUGUAUUAGACGCUAGGAAACCUUAUUUGCCAUUUGAAGAGUUUUAUAACGAACCACUUAGUGAUACUAUAGAGAUGGAUAUAGAUUUAGCUAAUUGUAAAACUGAUGUCGACGACAUAGGUAAUAAGUUCUCGUUCCUAAAAUAUCCGUUCAUACUGACGGCGGCGACCAAAUCGCUGGGACUGUAUUACGAGAACCGCAUCCGCAUGUACUCGGAGCGGCGCGUGUCGCUGCUGCACGCGGUGGUGGGCGCGGCGCCGCCCAUGCCCUUCCUGCGGCUCAAGGUGCGGCGCUCGCACAUCAUCGACGACGCGCUGGUCGAGCUGGAAAUGAUAGCAAUGGAACGCGCACUGGAUCUGAAGAAACAACUCGUUGUAGAGUUUGAGGGCGAGCAGGGCAUAGACGAGGGUGGAGUCAGUAAGGAGUUCUUCCAACUUGUGGUGGAGCAAAUAUUCAACCCUGACUACGGCAUGUUCACACAGAGACCUGACGAGCUCACUGUCUGGUUCAACCCCACAUCCUUUGAGACUGAAGCACAGUUCACAUUGAUCGGCAUAGUGUUGGGACUCGCCAUCUAUAACAAUAUCAUACUGGCGGUUAACUUCCCCAUGGUCGUCUAUAGGAAACUGAUGGGGAAGAAAGGCUCCUUUGAAGAUUUGGCGGACUGGAAUGCGACCUUAUACAACGGUUUAAAAGACAUGUUAGAAUACACAGGCAGUGAUUUAGAGGAGGUAUACUACCAAACCUUCAGGAUAUGUUACACAGAUGUUUUCGGCAACAACAUAUUCCACGAUCUAAAAGAAAAUGGCGACGACAUAUUUGUCACGCAAGAAAACAAAAGAGAAUUCAUAGACCUAUACGCAGACUUCCUAUUGAACAAGUCAGUGGAGACGCAGUUCAAGGCGUUCAGACGCGGGUUCGUGAUGGUGACGGACGAGAGCCAGCUCGGCAUGCUGUUCCGGCCCGAGGAGGUGGAGACGCUCGUCUGUGGUAGCAAGAACUUCGAUUUCAACGAACUGGAGAAAUCAACGGAAUACGACGGCGGCUAUACAGCAGAGUCGCAAACAAUAAAAGACUUUUGGAGCAUCGUCCACAGUUUGUCUCUAGAGGACAAGAGGAAGCUCCUACAGUUUACGACAGGGUCGGACCGAGUGCCAGUGGGGGGGUUGAGCCAUCUGAAACUUGUUAUAGCUAGGAACGGACCUGACUGUGCCCGUCUACCCACCGCCCACACGUGUUUUAACGUUUUACUCCUCCCUGAAUACGAAAACAAAGAGAAACUCGAAGACAGACUGAUGAAAGCGAUAAGUUAUUCAAAAGGCUUCGGUAUCAUAUAACGAAAAUCCUCGCUAACAAAAGAUCACUUUUCGUUGAUAUAAAAUAUACUAAAUAAAUAUAUUAUAUACAUCGAUCUCCUAUUAAAAAGUGGAUGCACAAUCAGCGACCAAAAAACGUCCGCACUCAAUGAGUGCUAAAGACUUCUUGGCACUCAAUUUAGGUAAUCGCAUUUGCAAAUUCCACCUUAAACUCAAUCCUUAAGGUUGAAUUUGCUCUGAAUAUUGGACUAUAUUUAAAGGCCUUUAGGUAUAACUUUCUUAACCAAUAAUUCUAAAACUGUCAAAGCAAAAUUGGCCAGUUUUUAAAUGAAAUUUUCUACAUGAUGGUGCGUCCAUUUAUUAUAAGAGAUCAAUGAUUAUAGACUUGAAAAAAAUGUCCGAUACUGUGUCAUGCUUUUAUUAAGAAAAUGUACCUUAUUUAGAUUGUAAUAAUGUUUGAAAUCGAUUGUUUAUAUUGUUUUUAAUUGGCACUUCAACACAGUUUGUGUAUUGUCUAUGAAGCACUGAAAAGCGACUGUAAAUUUUAUCUCUUAUUCAAUUACAAACAAUCUAUGAAUGUGUUAAGCAAUAAAAAUGAUUUAACGUAUAGUCAACCUAUUCUAAGAAGUCCAUUUGGCUUGGAUGUAUUGAUAACUCUUAUGACACUCCCAUGAUAUGCGGGCGACGGGGGCAAAAAGGACUGCGUGGGUGUCAAAGCCGCUCCCGGCCCCCGCCGGCCUCCGGAAGUGUUACGAACGAAUUUGCAACGCUUUAUAAUUUAGUCUGAUGACGUCAUGUUCUUUGGAACAAAUGGAAAGUACCCACAAAACUGAUAGGAAUAAUCAUUUUCACUAUUAAAGUAUACAGAAAACAACGAGUCCUGGUUGUCAAUGACACAAAUUCGCAAUGUCAAAAUUGACGUUACGUUUGACGUCACAGACUCCCAGUGGCCCAGGUCCAAUGCCGUCAAUAUUUCACUUGUAUAUUCGUACUUGAAAGUUAGAUUAAGCUCAAUAUAGCAUAAUAUAGUGGCUACAUUAUGGCAUGAAGAUGUUUGCACACUACCGAACAAGCCGCAAGCGAUGAACACUAAAUUCACUUAAAUCCAGGAGAGCUAUUCAGUAACGAUGUUUAAUAUAACAACCAAGUGCAAGUUUCAAAUUCACCUCUAUCUCUGUUUAAAUCGAGUUAGAAGCUCACACUGUCGAAGUGAUGAAAAAAUCGUUAUUAGCUAUAAUAAUUUGUUUAUCUAAACGUGUCUUAUAGACAAACGCCGAUUGUGUGCCAGGAUUCACAUCCUGUAUUGCAUAUAAAUCGCGCCAGCGCGGGGAUAAAAUGAUAAAAAGGGCUAAAAACUCGUAACCAAUGACGCUUAACAACCGCGCUAAAGCAUAGCUCGGACUGCUUUAGUAUUUUAGUCGAGUACGAACAAUUUUUGGAUUUACCGCCCAAAAAUCGUUCGUACUCGACUAAAAUACUAAAUUAGUCCGAACUAGGCGUAACAGUCGCGGGACUAUGCAACCGACCUUACAAUACCUUGCCAGUAAUGUGCAAUCAACUUUAGCGUACUAUGAUUUUGUGUAUUUUUCUGGUCAAAUAAUUUGUCAUACAGCUAUUUGUUGUAUUUUAUGUCAAUGAUGAAAAUUAAAUAUUGCCUAUUGUUGUAAAGCCGUUCUUGGCGUAUUUGUAACAUUGAUAUAAUUGAUUAAUUAAUUAAUUAAAGUUUGUUUUAUUUAUACAUUA